UUGGCUGUCACAAUUUUAUUCAAAAGUAAUUGCUGCGAAAAUCCAAUUAAGGAAUUUGUGAUUUCAGGCGACAUCACGCAAAAAGGCUAUGAGAAAAAACGAAACCUUAUUCUUGCGAAGUAUAAUAAAGGCUGCAGUGCAGGUCGCUUGUUGAUUGAACACAACACUUGUCAUGUUAGUGUCGGACUUAAUGGGAUUUGUCUCAUUGCUGGGGAUUUGAAUCUUGAUGUGAGGGAUGAGGGUGUCGGGCUAAUCAUGUCCGACGGGGUUGUCGAGGGAUUUUUUUGCUGGUCAGGAUUUCCUCCUUACGUUAAACUGUUGGGGUUGGGGCCUGGGCAAUCCAAGGGAAGUCCUGGAACGCGAGCUCAUCGUCAGCAUCAGCGACGACUUACUCGUGAUGAGGCCAGGUUUCAUUCGGAUUCGUCGUCGGAUGACGAUGACAGCUUAGUAGGAUCUUUGAAGCGGAAAAACCAACCCACCGGAAAGAUCAACGCGGGCUUAGUGGUGUUCCUUUCUUACUAA